AUGAGUUCUGAUGCGGAGAUGGCCGUGUUCGGCCCGGCCGCCAUCUACCUCCGGAAGCCCGAGAAGGAGCGCAUCGAGGCUCAGAACCGGCCCUUUGAUGCCAGGACGGCCUGCUUUGUCCCUGACACCAAGGAGUUGUACGUCAAAGGUGUCAUCCAGAGCAAGGAGGGUGGCAAAGCAACCGUGAAGACCGAGGCUGGGGAGACAGUGACCGUUAAAGACGAGGACUGCCACCCCAUGAACCCGCCCAAGUAUGACAAGAUUGAGGACAUGGUCAUGAUGACCUACCUCAACGAACCAUCUGUGCUGUGUAAUCUCAAAGAGCGUUACGCAGCCUGGAUGAUCUACACCUACUCUGGGCUGUUCUGCGUCACUGUGAACCCCUACAAGUUCCUCCCAGUGUACAGUGCAGAGGUGGUGUCUGCCUACAGAGGCAAGAAGCGAAUGGAGGCUCCACCCCAUAUCUUCUCUGUGUCUGAUAAUGCAUACCAGAACAUGCUAACAGAUCGUGAAAAUCAGUCUGUUCUGAUCACUGGAGAAUCUGGUGCAGGGAAAACGGUGAACACCAAACGGGUCAUCCAGUACUUCGCAACAAUUGCAGUGUCUGGAGACAAGAAGAAGGAGGCUGCUCCUGGCAAAAUACAGGGAACACUGGAAGAUCAAAUCAUUUCAGCCAACCCUCUGCUGGAAGCAUUUGGGAAUGCCAAGACAGUGAGAAAUGACAACUCCUCACGUUUUGGUAAAUUUAUUAGAAUUCACUUUGGAACAACAGGAAAACUGGCAUCCGCAGAUAUUGAAACUUAUUUGUUGGAGAAGUCAAGAGUGACAUUUCAGCUGUCAGAUGAAAGAAGUUACCACAUCUUCUAUCAAAUCAUGACAAACCACAAGCCAGAGCUCAUUGAAAUGCUGUUGAUCACCACCAACCCGUAUGAUUUCCCAUUGAUUAGCCAGGGUCAGAUCACAGUGGCAAGCAUUGAUGACAAGGAGGAGCUGGUUGCCACAGAUACGGCUAUUGAUAUCCUGGGCUUCAGUCACGAUGAGAAAUUAGGCAUCUACAAGCUGACUGGAGCUGUGAUGCAUUAUGGGAACUUGAAGUUCAAACAAAAGCAACGUGAGGAGCAGGCGGAACCAGAUGGCACUGAGGUGGCUGACAAAGUCGCCUACCUCAUGGGCCUGAACUCUGCCGACCUGCUCAAAGCUCUGUGCUACCCCAGGGUCAAGGUGGGAAAUGAGUAUGUCACAAAGGGACAGAGUGUCCAACAGGUGGUCAACUCAGUUGGUGCCUUGGCAAAAUCUGUUUAUGAGAAAAUGUUCCUGUGGAUGGUAAUACGAAUCAAUCAAAUGCUGGACACAAAGCAGCCAAGACAGUUCUUCAUUGGCGUGCUUGACAUUGCUGGCUUUGAAAUCUUUGAUUACAACAGCUUGGAACAGCUGUGCAUCAACUUCACCAAUGAGAAACUGCAACAGUUCUUCAACCACCACAUGUUUGUGUUGGAACAAGACGAAUAUAAAAAAGAGGGCAUAGAUUGGGAGUUUAUUGACUUUGGAAUGGACUUGGCUGCCUGCAUUGAGCUUAUAGAGAAGCCGAUGGGGAUCUUCUCCAUUCUCGAGGAAGAGUGUAUGUUUCCAAAGGCAUCUGAUACCUCUUUCAAAAACAAGCUGUAUGACCAACACCUUGGCAAGAACAAUGCCUUCCAGAAGCCCAAGACUGUCAAAGGCAAGCCUGAGGCCCACUUCACCCUGGUGCACUACGCUGGCACCGUGGACUACAACCUCUCUGGCUGGCUGGAUAAGAACAAGGACCCGCUAAACGAGUCCGUGGUGCAGCUCUACCAGAAAUCCUCAGUCAAGCUGUUGGCCUUGCUGUAUGCAUCCUUUUCCACUGCAGAAGCAGAGGCCAGUGGUGGUGGGGGUGGCGCCGGGGGUGGUGCCAAGGCAAAGGGAGCCAAGAAGAAAGGCGGCUCCUUCCAGACCGUCUCAGCUGUCUUCAGGGAGAAUCUGGGUAAACUGAUGACCAACUUAAGAUCCACCCAUCCUCAUUUUGUGCGAUGCCUGAUUCCCAAUGAAGUAAAAACUCCAGGGAUAAUGGACAAUCAUCUGGUCAUCCACCAGCUACGCUGUAAUGGUGUACUGGAAGGCAUCCGAAUCUGCCGGAAGGGCUUCCCCAGCAGAAUCCUGUAUGCUGACUUCAAGCAGAGGUACAGAAUACUGAAUGCCAGUGCCAUUCCAGAAGGCCAGUUUAUUGAUGGCAAGAAGGCUUCCGAGAAGCUUUUGGGAUCCAUUGAUGUUGAUCACACACAGUAUCGCUUCGGACACACUAAGGUGUUUUUCAAAGCAGGUCUGCUGGGAACAUUGGAGGAGAUGCGGGACGAGAAGCUGGCCUCGUUGGUAACGUCCACUCAAGCCCUGUGCCGCGGCUACCUCAUGAGAUUGGAAAUCUCCAAGAUGACAUCCAGGAAGGAUGCUGUGUAUACCUUGCAAUACAAUCUUCGCUCAUUCAUGAACGUGAAAGGCUGGCCAUGGAUGCGUCUCUACUUCAAGAUCAAACCUCUGCUGAAGAGCGCUGAGACAGAGAAGGAGAUGGCCACCAUGAAGGAGGACUUUGUGAAAUGCAAGGAUGACCUGGUCAAGCAGGAGACCAAGAGGAAGGAGCUGGAGGAGAAAAUGGUCACUCUGCUGCAAGAGAAGAAUGACCUGCUCUUACAGAUCCAGUCUGAAGCGGAGCAUCUGUCGGAUGCUGAGGAGAGAUGUGAGGGUCUGAUUAAAAGUAAGAUACAGAUGGAGGCGAAACUCAAAGAGACGACUGAGAGACUGGAGGAUGAGGAGGAGGUCAACGCUGAGCUGACGGCCAAGAAGAGGAAGCUAGAGGAUGAAUGCUCCGAGCUGAAGAAGGACAUCGAUGACCUCGAGGUCACCUUGGCCAAAGUGGAGAAGGAGAAACAUGCCACUGAAAAUAAGGUGAAAAAUCUUAUAGAGGAGAUCUCUGGUCAAGAUGAAAGUAUUGCCAAACUGACCAAAGAGAAGAAAGCUCUCCAAGAGGCCCACCAGCAGACUCUGGAUGACCUUCAAGUUGAGGAAGACAAAGUCAACACCUUGACAAAAGCUAAAACUAAACUUGAACAACAAGUGGAUGAUUUGGAGGGUUCUUUGGAGCAAGAGAAGAAGCUCCGCAUGGACCUGGAAAGAGGGAAGCGGAAACUGGAAGGGGAUCUGAAACUGACCCAAGAGUCUGUAAUGGACUUGGAGAAUGACAAAUUACAGUUGGAGGAAAAACUCAAGAAAAAAGAUUUUGAAACAAAUCAGCUGCUCACCAAAAUUGAGGAUGAACAAUCGAUGGUGUCUCAAUUUCAAAAGAAGCAAAAGGAGCUUCAGGCCCGCACUGAAGAACUGGAGGAGGAGAUUGAGGCUGAGCGCGCUGCCCGUGCCAAAGUGGAGAAGCAGCGGUCAGAUCUGUCCAGGGAGCUGGAGGAGAUCAGCGAGAGGCUGGAGGAGGCCGGAGGCGCCACCUCCGCCCAGAUCGAGAUGAACAAGAAGCGGGAGGCGGAGUGCCAGAAGCUCCGGCGAGACCUGGAGGAGUCCACUCUACACCAUGAGGCCACCACCGCCGCCCUGCGCAAGAAGCAGGCCGACAGCGUGGCCGAGCUCGGCGAGCAGAUCGACAACCUGCAGCGCAUCAAACAGAAGCUGGAGAAGGAGAAGAGCGAAUUCAAGAUGGAGAUCGACGACCUGGCCAGCAACGUGGAGGCUGUGGCAAAAGCCAAGAUCAACCUGGAGAAGAUGUGCCGCACUCUGGAGGACCAGCUCAGUGAGAUUAAGACCAAACACGAGGAGGGCCUGAAGCACAUCAACGACCUGAGCGCACAGAAAGCUCGUCUGCAAACUGAAAAUGGGGAAUUCUCUCGCCAACUUGAGGAGAAAGAAAGUCUCAUCUCACAGCUGACCAGAGGCAAACUUGGAUACACACAGCAGUUAGAUGAGCUGAAAAGACAGCUAGAAGAAGAGGGAAAGGCCAAGAAUGCCCUGGCCCAUGGUCUGCAGUCCUCCCGCCAUGACUGUGACCUCCUGCGGGAGCAGUUUGAGGAGGAGCAGGAGGCCAAAGCUGAGCUGCAGCGCUGCAUGUCCAAGGCCAACAGCGAGGUGGCGCAGUGGAGAACCAAGUACGAGACGGACGCCAUCCAGCGCACCGAGGAACUCGAAGAGGCCAAGAAAAAGCUUGCCCAACGUCUCCAAGACGCAGAGGAGCAAAUUGAAGCCGUGAACGCUAAAUGUGCCUCCCUGGAGAAAACCAAGCAGAGGCUGCAGAGUGAGAUUGAAGAUCUCAUGAUUGAUGUGGAAAAGGCCAACAGCUUGGCUGGCAACCUGGACAAGAAGCAAAGGAACUUUGAUAAGGUUCUUGCUGAGUGGAAGCAGAAGUAUGAGGAAUGCCAGGCAGAGCUGGAAGGUUCUCUGAAAGAGUCCCGAACGCUCAGCACCGAGCUUUUCAAAAUGAAGAACUCAUAUGAAGAAUCCCUUGACCACCUUGAGACCUUGAAGCGUGAAAACAAGAACCUUCAACAGGAGAUCUCUGACCUGACCGAGCAAAUAGGUGAAACUGGAAAGAGUAUCCAUGAGCUGGAGAAAUCCAGGAAGCAGAUGGAGACUGAGAAAUCUGACAUCCAAGGAGCAUUGGAGGAAGCGGAGGCGUCUCUGGAGCACGAGGAGUCGAAGAUCCUCCGCGUGCAGCUGGAACUGAAUCAAGUGAAGUCUGAAGUGGAGCGAAAGAUUGCAGAGAAGGACGAGGAGAUGGAUCAACUGAAAAGGAGCAGCCAGAGGAUCAUCGACACCCUGCAGAGCACCCUGGACUCGGAGAUCAGGAGCAGGAACGACGCCCUGAGAAUCAAGAAAAAGAUGGAGGGAGACCUGAACGAGAUGGAGAUUCAGCUGAGCCAUGCUAACCGCCAGGCAAUUGAAGCACAAAAGCAGUUGAGAUAUGUCCAGGGACAGCUUAAGGACAUCCAAAUUCACCUGGACGAUUCCCUAAGGGGACAGGAGGAUAUGAAGGAGCAGGUUAGCAUGUCCGAGCGUAGGGCCAACCUCAUGCAGGCUGAAAUCGAGGAGCUGCGCGGUGCCCUUGAGCAAACGGAGCGGGGUCGCAAGGUGGCCGAGCAAGAGCUACUCGAUGCUAGUGAGAGAGUGGCACUCCUGCACUCUCAGAACACAAGUCUGCUCAACACAAAGAAGAAGCUUGAGGCUGAUGCGGUUCAACAGCAGACUGAAAUGGAGGACUUUGCUCAGGAAGCCAGGAAUGCUGAGGAGAAGGCCAAGAAGGCCAUCACAGAUGCUGCUAUGAUGGCUGAGGAGCUGAAGAAGGAGCAGGACACCUGUGCUCACCUGGAGAGGAUGAAGAAGAACCUGGAGACCACCGUCAAAGACCUGCAGCACCGCCUGGACGAGGCUGAGAACCUGGCCAUGAAGGGUGGCAAAAAGCAACUCCAGAAACUGGAAACAAGGGUGCGUGAGCUGGAAAACGAGCUGGACGCAGAGCAGAAGCGUGGAGCUGAGGCCAUCAAGAGCGUCCGCAAGUACGAGAGGAGGGCAAAGGAGCUCACCUACCAGUCUGAAGAGGACAAGAAGAACGUGAACAGACUGCAGAAUCUGGUGGAUAAACUUCAGAACAAAGUGAAGGCCUACAAGAGACAAGCUGAAGAAGCUGAGGAGCAGGCCAACACUCACCUGACACGCUUCAGGAAGGUGCAGCAUGAGCUGGAGGAAGCUCAGGAGAGGGCCGAUAUCGCAGAGUCCCAGGUCAACAAGAUGAGAGCCAAAACCAGAGACAUGGGACCCAAGACACCAGAGGGCCCAGCCGAGUAGGGGAGACAGAGAUAAUAUCUUUGGAUAAGAUGAAUAAGAAAAAAGAGAGGAAAUGUUCAUGUAUUGCGUGUGUAAUCUUAUAUUCAGCAUCAUCAGGACAUGGAGAUAUUAUGACACAGCCCUUGUCUUUGGUGUUGUUGUCAAAACCCAUUGCAGGCUCUUGUUUUUCACACAAUACAUGGAAACAAAUGAUCUCACUUCAUAAAGGGUGCUAUAUUGUGCAUGAGUCUAACUCAGCGGAAUGCCCAUAUACACAUGAUAUGCACAUGGAAUACACUUAAUGCCAGCUACAGUAUUAUCAAAUAAUGACGUUGAAUGUAUUACAUUUGUUGAUUUGCGUGCCUUGAAUUUCUCCACCAAUAAUACUUUACUGAAUGCUGUACUAGUCAUAUUAGUCAU